CUCAGGUUCACACCAGUGCGAUGGUCUAAUCUUGGGCGGGGAGCUGAGAAGCCUCUCGAGGAAAGAUUGAAAUACCGUGAGCUCAUGAUGGUUUAAAUAUUGAGACAUUAUUGAUUGAUUGUAAUGCAGGUUGGGCUGCCGGGAAUCUGAUAUUACUUUGGAGCACUGGAAUAGAUUUCCCCAGAGACUUCGCAAGUAUUUAACGUUUAAAAGAAGAGAGGCGAUACAUAACUCUGGCUUCUCGAUGAAGCAGUGUGAGUCUUCUGCAGCGUGCCACUUCUUAAUUGGCAAUGAAUUUUAAGCGGAAGAAUCCAAGUGGGGUGAAGGAAGAAUGGCCUGAGCAGAAGAGAGCCUUGAGUGUAAGCUCAGUGGACAGCAAAUUCGGACGGGCCGAGGAACCCGAUGACCCAACUUAUAUAAAGGGGGAGGGGAAGAGCAAGCUUCAAAUAGAUGUAAUCGAGCCGGACCGCACUGGAUUUAGCAAAGAGUCAUUUGAACAACUGCAUGAAGGGGAGAGCAUCUUUCCAAACUCAAAAAUCAAGUCAUCAUCAAGUAUCAGCAAAGAGGCGAAAAGGGAGGGAAACCAGCAAUCAAGAAUAAAGAACAAACCGCUACGGAAGGACAGUGCAAUUGACUAUGUUUGCUGGAAAUCCACAGAGGAGGAUGACGAAGAAAUUUGUUACCCUAGUAGUUCAUUGCCGGCCAGCAGUACAAAUGUAAAAAAUAAGAAGAAAACCACUAAAGAACCAAUAUAUGAUGAGCUGACUUGUCCAUCCUGUUCGAAGACAUAUAACAACCCUGUAUUGCUACCUUGCGAUCACUGCAUAUGUGAAUCAUGCAUUCCAAAGCAGAAAGAUGUAACCAGAAUAGGCUCCAAGAAGCACGCUGUGAUUACGUGCCCGACCUGCCAAGAGAAAAAUUAUUUUACCAGCUCUGAAAAAGUCAAAUUCCCGAAUAACUUUCUGCUCGACGAUGUGAUAAAUAAGAUUGAAAUGCGGAAAAAGAAAGGUUUGAAGAAGUCGUUGAGCAAAUAUCAACCUAGUUGUCAACUCUGCGAAAAGAAAAAUAAGCAGGCUGCAGUCAAGUGUGAAAACUGCGAUCUAAAUUUCUGCAAAGACUGCCUCAAACAGCACGACAAAACCUACACCAACCACAGCUUUGUUCUGCCUUCAACCGGAGAGGAUAAAAAUAACUGCUUUUACCAUCCUGACACACUCCUGACAUUGUUUUGUCUGGUUGACAAGAUUCCCAUAUGCGAGGAAGGCCUCAAAGACAAACAUAAAGGCCAUGCUACAGUUUCCAUACAAACUGCUUUCAAGGACCAAUCCAUUCAUCUAUUACAGUCUAUUGGAAAAUACGGCAAAGUUAAAGAUGAGAGUGAGAAUGACCUGCUGAGACUGAGUAUUUUUAAAUCCCAGCUGAAAGAGAAUAAAGACAAGUUUCAUAAGCAGGUGAGCUCUGAGUUUGAAUCGUUGCACAACCAACUGAGGGUGAAGGAAAAAGAGGUGAAAGCAAUACACGACAGCGAGUUGAAUAUGAAGUUGACCAACAUCAACAACUUUAUGGACGACACAGCUAAGCACAUCGCAGGGGCAGAAGGUUUAGUUCAAUACGCCAAGCAAGCAGCGAGGGAAACUGACGAGCUUGUGCUCCUGCAAACCGUCAACCACCUGACUCAGAAGCUGAAGGAAAAAACAAAAGGCAUUCACUUGUCCGAUAAAGAACUCAUGACAACUCCUGUGGACGUCAAUGCUUUUGACUUUGGGCACAUGUCGCAGCAAAUCAACGACGUUUUCCAACCUAUUACAGACAAAUAUGAAUUGGUGAAAGGCACCAAGGUCUCGACUAUCCUGAAGAAGAAAGCAUCCGACCCUGUGGCAGUGCAACCAGAGAGGGUGGAGUCAAAAACGGCAGAUGCAGAACCAGGGAUAAAGACCCCUGAAGUCGAGACCCCUGAAGUCAGGACCCCUCGAGCUGAGACACCUGAAGUCGAGACCCCUGAAGCUAAGAGUCCUGAAGUCAGGACCCCUGAAUUAAAGAGUCCCAAGAGUCCUGUAGCCAAGAGUCCUGAAGCAAAGACCCCUGAAGCAAAGACCCCUGAAGCCAAGAGUCCUGAAGUCAGGACCCCUGAAGUCAAGAGUCCUAAAGCCAAGACCCCUAAAGCCAAGAGUCCUGAAACCAAGAGUGAAGUCAGGAUCCCUGAAGCCAUGGAAUCAGAAGAAAGCAUAGCCUCGUCAGUAAUUUCUCAGGAACACAUUUUUGAGACUCAUCUGGAGCGUGAUGAAAGCAUUGAGGGCUUUCGCAAUAUAUCUCGUUUAGGAGUGGAUAAUCAGAAAAAAACCAGCGAACUGCAUACAAAAAUGGAUACUCCUGUGCCACCAACUAUCUACCACCACAUCGUGUCUGGAACGUCAGCCAAGAUUUUUUGGAUGGUCCCAGAAUAUGACACAGUGGAUUCAUUUGAUGUCCACUUUCAAGAGGUCGGUCACAAUAAUGGACUAAUGACCCCACAGAAAGCUGGCGUAGUGAUUUCAGCAGUAAAUGCUUCUUCUUUCGAAACUACGUUGAAGGACAAUUCUGAGGCCAUCUUCAAGGUUCGUGCCGUUAAUAGCUAUGGAAAAAGUGAAUGGAGCUAUCCUUACAGAGUUAUUCUUAGAGAACGUUAAGUUGGAAGAGGAGAAAUCUAUAGUCAAUUGCCCAGGAAGAUCACCCGACUGCUCCAGGAACCAUAAGCACUGGAUUACUACUCAAACCACAUGAUAAAUGGUGUUUGAAAAUAUUUUUAAGUGGUUUGAGUUAUGAAUUUACAAUUUUCUUGAAUAAUCUUAUCCACAAGGUGAUUGCCGUUUUUGAUACUUUAGGCUAAUUAUUGCCACGUGUAUGGGUGAAAAGCUUUGUU